CGCUGAAUGAAUGCGGGGAAGCACAGUAAGCGUACGAAUCAACCAUCUGACGCCUUAUACGUCAUUCUACCCUGCGCCUUUGAUUGAUUGCAGGUGAUUUGCUGCGACAGGUGACUCAUUUCCUCUCCAUUGUGCGUGGUGAUGCAAGGUGUCCCUCUCGUCGCUCAGGAGGACGACAGCCAACACGAAACGCAGCCCUAUGAGAUCCGACACCCCCCUGCGCCCUUCGCCGACGCCGCACGAGAUGCCGCCCGGCCAGAAGCGGCAGACAGCGGCACCAAUAGUGACACCGUUCCGGACCGGCGGUCACGAGAUGGCACGUCUGAGCGGCGGAAACGACAGAGAUGUAGUGGAGAGGGGGAGAAUGAUGCUCAUGAGGAGGCCGCCUGCAUCGACCUGACUGGCGAUGGAGGAGAGGGCGGGCGGCUUGCUUGCGGUGAGGAGAGUGGGGCUGCCUCUGCAGUACCAGCAGCAGCAGCAGCAGCAGCGCAAGAGGCGGAGCAUGAGGGCGACGGCGAGGGCGAUGGCGACAGUCAGAAGUCAUCCGACACGCUGGACUCUCUGCAACUGCUGGAGCUCCUGAGGAAGGUCAAGCGGAGAAGACGCGACAGAGUCGUUCCAUCUGGUGCACAACACGCCACCUCAGCUCAGCCUGCCGCCGCCGCUGCUGCCGCACAUGCCAGUGUGGCUAUAGGAGCUGGGACUGCAGCAGCCGAGGGUGGCCACGGCAGCUUGAUGCCGAGCGGCAACGAGGAUGGGCUCUUGUCGCUUCUGAGCGGCGGUGUGGACGCAGCCCCUCCCCGGCUGGAGACGCUGCACAAGGAGGGCUGUGACGGAGAGGGCGGGCAGGGAGGGGAUGGUGCAGGGGGCUAGAAUGUCAGUGCUGGAUGAGGAUGCGUAGAUCUGCGUGGGACAUCUGUAGAGAUGAGUGCGUGUCGGGACCAUGGGAACGGCGAGAAGCAGAGAGGGACGGGUGUGAUGAACUGCGAGAUACCUGUUUUCAACUCGUGUGCCGUG